GUGUCAUGGCGUCUAGGCAAUCUGUGGAGGCCGAGAAUUUUUGUGGAAUAUGUAAGUCUGCAUAUACAUCUCCAAGAAUUCUGAACUGUUUUCAUGUAUUUUGUACACCUUGUUUGGAAAAGCUGAUAGAAAAUACUCAAACAUUCCGAUGUCCGCUUUGUAGGAAAGACCUGCCUGUUCCAAUAGAAGGCAUUGAAAAAUUUCCAUUGUGUCCAUUCAUGGAAAUAUGUAAUGAAGAAAAAACAUCUGAUUGUGAAAUAACUUGUGAAAUGUGUGACGAAAUCGUAGUUCACUCCAAAUGUGUUGAUUGCGAUCAGAACAUGUGCAGGAUUUGCCAUGAAUACCAUUUGAGAAAUAACACUUUCCGAAAACAUAAAUUAAUUGAGAAAAUGAACCCAGAAAUACCUGUCGAACAGUAUACAGGGACACAGGACAACGAACAAUGCAGUGAACACGGGAAGGAAUUUUCAAUUUACUGUAAGUCAUGCAAUUUGCCUAUUUGUGAUGAAUGCACACAAUCCAAACAUGCUUGUCACAAAAUUAAAGAUUUAGAGUAUACUGUCAAAAACAUGAUCUCAUCUUUGGACAUGCUAGUUAUAAAUCUUCAAUCAAAAAUACCUUUUAUGGACAAUAUAAUACAAAAUGCAAAGGAGGAAGAAAAGAAAUACUGUACACAUAUUAAACAAACAAAAACUGAACUGAAGAGUGUGGCUUCAAACUUGAAAGAUAUGAUGUGCAAGUCAAUUGAUAUGAUGUUGUCGGAGAGCAUAUACGACUUAGAAUCUUUUUCCAAAGCAGAUAAGAAAAUUAUUCAAACAUUCAUAGAAGACUCUGAACUGAAUCGUAUUGCUAUGAUUAAAUUACUAAAGACAAUCGAGGGAACUAUCAGAUGUGGCGUCGCAUCCAAAAUAGUUGGAUAUAGUGGUGCUCUAGGACGACAGUCAAUCAUGUACGAUGAACAUCUUUUUCAGUUUGAGAUGAAGCUAAGUAUUCCAAAAUUUCAUGCGGGCACGUUUUCCCAUCACCAAAUGAAAGAUUUUUUUGGGAAAAUUAAGCGAGAAAAAAGCACAAAAGUCUUAACAAAAACACAAUUGCCAUCCUUCCAAAUCCCCGUCUUUGGAAACAUCUUGAAAAUGACAAAAGUGACGAACUUUCAAAGUGAAUCUGACAUGAGAAGUAUUAUGUCUAUAGGCGAUUCGCAUGUGUAUGUUACUCAUCUGAAGUAUAUCCGUCGUCUGAUUCAAAAUGGCGGCCCUUACUAUAAUGCCAGAGUUAUCAAAUUUGAUCUAAAUGGACAACAGAAAGAGGAAUCAAACACAUUACAUGCAGAGGGAACCAGAUUUACAAUAAUUGGAAUGAAUACCAAAGGUCUCUUCGUUUGGUGUGACAAUAACAUCAAAUCAGUACCAAUGGAAAAUGGAGAUAUUAUUGGCGCGCCAAUAAAUCCGUGGGAAAAUGAUGUAGCCGAUCAUUGCCAAAAUAGAAUUGCAUGCUUUAUGGAUAAUGGCAAUAUGUUUAUUAUUUGCGACAGCAGAUUUUUUGAAGUCAAUGAAACUGGUAAAACAAUCCGAACUUUUAUUAGUGCGGACAUUUCUAAAAAAGGGAGUAGUUAUCGGGCAAAUUUUGUUCUAUUUAGUAAGGCAAAAGUCUUUCUUAUUGCAUAUUCUAAAGAGAUAUAUACAAUUUCUUUAACUGGGGACCUAAAACAUUUGCAUAGAAAUGAAAACUCCGAUUUUGUAGCAAUGUGCGAAGAUCGUCAUGAAAACGUGUUUGUGGCUGAUAAGAAAAAUAAUAGCGUAGCGCUUUUUACAUCAGACGGUCAUUAUGUUCGUGACAUACUGACCUCAAAAGAAGAAAUUGAUGGACCAAAGUCUCUGACCAUUGACGGAAGAGGUAACUUGUGGGUUCUUAUGAAUGAGGAUAAAAUUACGGUGAACUCAUAUUUGUAGUGAAUUUUGACUUUACAUUGUGAUAAUAAAAUUAAACA